UUCAGGAUCUUCAGGUGCAGCCCCCAAAGACAAUGAAGAACGUGUGUUCCGGGAGCGUAUGCGCCCUAGGAAGCGCCAGGGCGCCGUGCGACGCAGAGUGCACCAGGUUAAUGGACACAAGUUCAUGGCCACCUACCUUAGACAACCAACAUAUUGUUCACACUGCAGAGAUUUUAUAUGGGGUGUAAUAGGCAAACAGGGAUACCAAUGUCAAGUUUGCACUUGUGUAGUCCACAAGAGAUGCCAUGAACUUAUAAUAACGAAAUGUGCUGGCUUAAAAAAACAGGAAACUCACGACGAGCAAGUGGGAUCCCAGCGUUUUAGUGUCAACAUGCCUCACAAGUUCAGCAUUCACAAUUACAAAGUGCCCACCUUCUGUGACCACUGUGGUUCGUUGCUCUGGGGUCUUUUGAGACAAGGUUUACAAUGCAAAGUUUGCAAGAUGAAUGUACAUCGACGCUGUGAAACAAAUGUGGCGCCAAACUGCGGAGUGGAUGCUAGGGGCAUAGCUAAAGUUCUUGCAGAUCUUGGAGUCACUCCGGAUAAAAUUACUAAUAGUGGGCAGAGAAGGAAAAAG